AGUCUGGUCCGUUCAGACAAUAUGCCGGAGAUUGUGUUGGACAAUGUGCGUCAGGUGGAACGAUUACGAAAAAAACAGCUGACCAGUCUGAUUCGUUUGGAUGAGAUUCGUCAUGACGUCUGUCCCGAAAGAACUGUGCUCACACGGUUUCUGAUAUUUUGA